GGCGCGCGUCGCGGGGCGCUGGAGCCGAGGCGGCAGCGGCUGGCGGGAGGCGGCGCGGCUCGGCAUGGCGUUUGGCAAGAGCCAGAAGGAGCCCUUCGGCAGCGCCGUGGGCCGCCUGAUAGAAAGAGCCACUUUGGGCACAUUGCAAACAGAAGAGUGGGGGCAGUUCAUGCACAUCUGUGACAUAAUUAAUACCACGGAAGAAGGUCCCAAAGAUGCAAUCCGAGCACUAAAAAAAAGGCUGUCCAAAAACUGCAAUCGUGUCGAGAUUCGGCUUACUCUGUCCCUUCUGGAAAUGUGUGUGCAGAACUGCGGCCCGAGUUUCCAGUCUCUGGUUGUGAAGCGAGAUUUCUGCAAAGAUCGGCUGGUGAAGCUGCUGAAUCCCAGGUUCAGCCUGCCCGUUGAUAUGCAGGAGAAAAUCUUGACCUUUAUCAUGACUUGGGCCCGAGGAUUCCAAGGUGCCGUGGAUGUGAGUGAAGUCAAGGAGGUGUACUUGGAGCUUCUCAAAAAAGGAGUUGAGUUUCCAGCUUGUGGAAUCCAGAAGCCUUUGACUCAGACCUCCUCCACUAAGGCAGCUUUGUUGCGUGGCACCUCCAAGAAUGGUUCGGCACGGCCCCUCCCUGCAGGUGCGACAAUAACACUGAUCCCGGAACAGAUUGGAAAGUUAUACAGUGAGCUGGAUAUGGCAAAAAUGAACGCGAGGGUUAUGUCGGCGAUCCUGAAAGAAAAUGUCCCUGGAUCAGAGAAUCCCGACGAUAUGGAGCUUCUUCAGAAGCUCUACAAGACGUGUCGAGUGAUGCAGGAGCGGAUCAUGGAACUGCUAGCCACAGUGCAGAAUGAAGAUGUGGUCACUGAACUGAUACAAGUGAAUGAAAACCUGAACAAUGUGCUGAUGGGACACGAAAGGUUCUCUCGAAACAGAGUCCGUUUCCUGGAGAAUCAAAGGAUUCAAAAUGAACGCACAGCAGUCAAUGGCAACCAGCCCUCUGCUCCCUCCUCUGAUUUGCUUGACCUUGAGUCAAGUUUUCCAGCUGCGAUGCCCGUGCCGGGGGGUGCUGGCCCUGUGGCUUCUCCAUGUUCCGAGUUAAACUGUAGGCCAUCAAGUGUCCCUGUUCCAAGCUCUCGCCUGAUGCAACCAUCACUUUACCCUCCACUAGACCCCCUGCCUGCUGCAAAUGUUCAGCAGCCCUCGUUCGUAACAGAAGCCCAAAGCACAAGUCAAAGCUAUCCAGUUGCCAACCAGUACGAAAAUGUAAACUCCUACUUAAAUGCACUGCCUCUCUAUCCAGUGAGCCUUCAGGUUAAUGGGACAAGACAUACACCAGCAGCAGAUGGGUCCAAAAGCAGCACCCCACCUCCCAGUUAUUCUGAACUCAUGGAAUUUGAUCCGUUGGCUCCCAGCGACAAAACAGAACCUAUUUAUGAAGAAAUAGAUGCACAUCUCUUCAAGCCGAGCGUUAGAAGUCAUACCAGCUGCUAGAUACUCAAGAGGUCCAAGUAAAAGAAAGUAUCUUCUUUACCUGCACUAGAGACUGUUUUAAUAUCUCAAAGGCUUGUCAGUUAAGCAAUACUUACUGAAUAAGUAGGAAAAGUCUCUCUCUCUCUCUCUCUCUCUCUCUCUCUCUCUCUCUCUCUCUCGCUGUGAUGUCUGUGCAUACUCCGCCUUAAGUGCAUCACCUGACAUUAAGUUCCAGUGGGUCAUUAAGAGUGCCAGGUUAUCCAUGUAUUCUGGGUUAAAGUCUACAAACCACAUACAAAUUGCUUUCCAAAACUUGAUUCUGGGAAAACACACUGUAACUGAUAAAUAAAUCUUUUCACUCGCACAGUAUAAUAUGCCCUGCUUAAUAGAACAUGCAAUUAUUUCCAUUGGAAGAACUACAGUAAGGGAAAUUAGUGCCAACCUCAAAGGAGAGAGCCUCUCCAAAGCUUUAAUUUGGGUUCAGCAGCUAGAGGCCAAGAGAGAUGCAUAAGGCCUGUGGCAAUGGGACCCCUUUUUGAGGGAUUGUACCCCCCACCUCCAUUUUGCCGUAAAACUAGCUGCUGAUUAAAAGACUAGAUAAUCUGAAGUUUUCUUACAGUAAGUUACUUGAUCUCUUCUGAAUAGACACUUGCUUGCAUAGAGUUAUUUAAUGCGCCAGUUGUCUUUUUAGAAACUUGCACAAGCUUUCCACAGAGAAAAUGUGAAUCGCUUAUAACUGUUUGAGAACAUUUGGCAGGCCUGGAAGUUCUGCUCCGUCUCUCUCUUGCCUUCUGCUUUCCCACAUACUUUUGUUUUCACCAUUAGACAGUCACUAAAUACUGCUGGUUCUAGGUUUUGUGGAAGAAACUGCCAAGUAACCAACUGAAAGGGAAACUGUUUCCAAAGGUGCUUCAUUUGGGGGUCAUUUUGUUCCCCUCCCCUCAACAACUCAGGUUACCUAAGCAGUUGUUUGGUAACGCUCAUAUAAUAUUGAAGAGUGACUGGAAGAAGUGCCUUCUCUUUGCUUAAAAGUAAAAUGUGUAUUUUUCUCCGUCCACCACGAAUAAAAAAUGUAAUUGCUGACAGCCUCAGUUUGCUCUUCGCACGGCAUAUUGGUACACUGCAAAGUCUCCCUGCUGUGUGUGUGUGUGCACAAUAUUUAAUUAUGUUCUACAACUACUAAAAAGUUUUUAUAAAGUCCAAAUAAACAAAUUAUGGUGGAAAACUGA